GUCAAAACCAAAACCAAUGAAAUACAAAAACAAAAGAGGGCCUCUGGCAGUGUCUACUCUCGCACUCGGUUUCAGUGGUCGACAAAAAACACAAAUUGAAUGAAAAUGUUUUAAAACGAAAUGAUAACAAAAAUCUUAAUAUAAAUGGAAAUCUAAACCAUAGAAAGAGUAGUCGAAAGGCGACAGAAAGGAGACAAUCGACUGAUUUAUUAUCGCAAUUGUCGUCAUCGCUGGCAUCGCAGCCGUCAUCGGCAACACAUCCCAAACCUCGGUAUCGAUUUGGUAUGGAUUCGGCAAAACUCAUGUGCUGUGCGAAAGCCAAGUCCCACACCUGUCGUCACUUGUGUCUCAAAACAUGGAGCGACCAAUGGUUAGAGAAUUGGCAUCAAUUCGACCGCAUCUGUCAAUACUCACCACAAGAAGCAAAUCUAAUCCAGUGUUUGGAUGACGUGGAGGGCGUCUGUCAGUCUGGGUGUCAGGCACUCGAGUUUUGCAAUACAUUUAACAACCGAUACAAUCAGUUGUACCGUAAAUGUGACGCCAAAUCAGAUGUGGAGGCGAAAGAGGACUUUGAGUCGUGGAUGAGAGGAGUCAUUCACUUCAAUAUCAUUGAGAUUCCCGUCAAGAAUGUCGACAAUUGUUACCCAGACUUCUGGAAACUCAUCGCAUGUAGUAUUCAUGUGAAGCCCUGUUUAGAGAAUAACCACUUUAACAAUAUAUGCAGGUCUUCGUGUAUUGAUAUCAUUAGCGAAUGCAUUGAUGAGAAUCGCAUUCCGUCUACACUACUGUCCGCACAGACCAUAUGUGACAUCAUAUCCACAAACGAUACGCUAAACUGUAUUGAUAUCAAAACAUUUCUCAAUUCAAACCAAAACACCGACGAGACUGGCGUCGAGACAACGAAUGUACUUAUAAACCCCUGUAAUCCCAAUCCCUGUUCGCCCAAUCAAUUGUGUUUAGUUAACAGUAAUUGUAUAUCUAAUCAUUGCCUACCGUUUCGAUGUGUGAGCGCCUGUCGGUUGGGUGAAAUCUCGCCAUUUCUCGUAAAGGCUGACACUAUUGUGAAGCUGUUGGACGGGACGGACGAGUGCCACCAUAUGUGCAAAUGUGGGCCCAGAGGUCGUCUCAUUGAGUGUCUUAAAACAUAUCCCAACUACUGUUACGCCAAAUGCAAUGGAUUUUCCGAUGAGGAAUACGUUGACGGAAGUUGUGAUACAAUUGUUGAAUGCGUUAAAUGCAAUCAAAAUCAAAAAUGUAUUAAGAAAAGUCAAGUGUGUCUCACAUCAGACCAUUGCCCUCAAUACGAAUGCAUAGCGGAUCCGAUGGACUGUCAAUUGUUUGGCACAAACCCUGUUUGCGAUACAAAUGGUGUCAAUCAUCAGAAUCUAUGCUGGCUUUUGAAAAAGAAACAAAAGUUUGCAUAUUAUGGAAAAUGUCUGUACUACUGUUCCUCUUCGGGACCCGUCUGUGCAAUGAAUGGCCAAACAUAUGAAUCGGAAUGCGUUUCGCUCUCGCAUUCGGUUCCCGUCGACUACUAUUCAAAGUGCAAUCACACCAACGAUUGUCAUCACAUCCAGUGUCCACUACAGGCUUAUUGUCCGCACCAACACUUCCGACACAGUCUUCAAUACACUUGCUGUCAAUUUUGCGGAUCUGUCGCUAAACUCCAAUACGAGACCAACGCUAUCGACCGCAUAGAGAGGCACCAAAUGGUCAAUUAUGCCGUCACUGUUGAAGAGUUGGCCAAACAUUUGUCACAUUUGAUACGACUCUAUGGCUGCCAAUCGUUCACUCAUUUGGAUUUUGACGGAUAUCUCGUAUUAAUGGUGAGACCGAUAGCCAUAUCGCCGACGAUAUCGCAACUAAACCAAUGCCAUAGAGAACUGAUACGAGUGGUCACUCUAAUCAACAAUCAGUCGCCAUGGACUAUAAAUCGGCCCAAAAUAUAG